UAAAGAACAGUGUUGAAAAGUCAUGCAUAUGCAUUUUUCAAUUACUAUUAUUCAUUUAUUCAUUAAACUGUGCUAUAUAUUACUGUGCCUGUGUCUGUGUCUAAGCAUUUUGUCGUUCUGAAAGACAGAACAUAUCACGGAGAGAAAAGUGAAGCGAGAGAAUAUAGUGAUGUAUCUUCAAGGCACACCAACUGAUCUUGGAUUUCACAUGCCUGCAGAGUGGGAAUCCCACAAACAGUGUUGGAUGGGUUGGCCUGAACGCACAGAUAAUUGGAGAGACGGUGCCGUUCAUGCCCAAAGUGUAUUUGCCAGGACAGCAUCUGCUAUCGCAAGAUUCGAACCAGUAACCGUUUGUUGUAGUUCUGCCCAGUGGGAGAAUGCACGGAGUCAACUACCUGAACAUAUCAGGGUCGUUGAGAUCAGCAUGAACGAUUCUUGGUUUCGUGACACUGGACCCACUUUUGUUGUGAGAAGAAACCCUUCAACAUCUGGUAAUGCAGAGUACAAGAUUGCGGGAAUUGACUGGAACUUUAAUAGUUGGGGAGGUUUAGAAGAUGGAUGUUACAGUGAUUGGAGUCUUGACAUGUUUGUCGCUAAGAAGAUUUUGGAAAUUGAGAAGAUUCCUAGAUUUUCACAUUCAAUGGUGCUUGAAGGUGGAAGCAUCCAUGUGGAUGGAGAAGGUACUUGUCUUACCACUGAAGAGUGUCUCUUGAACAAGAACAGGAACCCUCACUUGAGUAAGAACCAAAUAGAGGAUCAACUUAAGGCAUAUCUUGGAGUCAGGAAGGUUAUAUGGUUGCCUCGGGGAUUAUAUGGAGACGAUGAUACAAAUGGUCAUAUUGAUAACAUCUGCUGUUUUGUGAGACCUGGUGUGGUCCUUCUGUCUUGGACUGAUGAUGAAACUGAUCCUCAGUAUGCAAGAUCUGUGGAAGCAUAUUCUUUCCUUUCAAGUGUAACUGAUGCGAAAGGUAGAAAUUUUGAAAUCAUUAAAAUCCAUAUUCCCGGUCCACUCUAUAUGACAGAGAAAGAGGCUGGUGGUGUUUUUCAGUUUGAUGAGGCCAAGCCAAGACUUCAAGGUACUAGGCUUGCUGCUUCCUAUGUAAACUUUUACAUUGCAAAUGGAGCUAUCAUAGCACCACAAUUUGGAGAUAAAAAGUGGGAUGAUGAAGCUGUUCGAGUCCUAUCUAAGGCCUUCCCUGAUCAUGAAGUUGUGGGAAUUGAAGGUUCCAGGGAGAUUGUUUUGGCGGGUGGAAAUAUACACUGCAUUACUCAGCAACAACCAGCCAUUUGAGCAGCACUCUCCCAACAUUCAUUGUAUCAUUGAUAUAUGUUGCAUUGGUGUUUUUAUGUUAUCCGGAUGAUUAGUUAAAUUGCUUGGUUUGCUGAGCAUGGAUGCUCAUUUCUAAACCCAAUAGUUGCAUAGAAAUGUCUGCAAAGAUAUGAAAAACCAUUGAAAUAAAACCUAAUUGGCAUUUUCAAAUCGUGAAAUCGUGGUAUAUUCUCUUGAUAAUUGAAUUGGAAAUUUUUAAGUAGAACAAAUUUUAUUUUGCUACUGAGUAGGAGAAAAAUGUAUCCAAUCUGCGAAAA